AUGGAAACAAUUUAUGAUCAUAUAGAAAUCGAAGAUUUUAUUUUUGAUCCUAUUCUACAGAUUUUCCAGUAUCCAUGUCCUUGUGGGGAUAGGUUUCAAAUCUCCUUAGAUGAUUUAAAGGACGGGGAAGAUGUUGCUAUUUGUCCAUCUUGCUCUCUAAUGGUUCAAGUAGUUUUUGAAGAAGAAGAUUUGCAACAAUAUGUCGAUCAACUAAGUUAA